AUGAAAUACGCAACGAUUCUAGUAUUUGGGCUUCUUCUGAGUGUCAUCCUGCUCACCGAAAAGAAGCAACAGGAGAAAAAGCAAAAGCAGAAAAAACUGGAACUGAAAAAGGCGGAACUCUGCACAGAAGCCAAGUGCAAGCUUCCCGAUUGCCGCUGUUCAGGAGUCGUACUGCCAAAACAAAAGUUUAAGGGCAAGGAACAGGAGAUACCACAGAUUGUGACGGUGACCUUUGAUGAUGCGGUCAAUGCCGUCAACUAUGCUCAAUACGAGCUACUUUUCGAAGGUCUUGUCAACCCGGACAACUGCUCCGCAGCUGCAACUUUCUUCCUAUCGCACGAAUACACCGACUAUGUGCGUGUGAAUGCGCUGUACAAUGAAGGUCACGAGAUCGCUUUGCACUCCGUAACCCACGGUGAUGGUACAGAUUACUGGCGUGAGGCUAAUGUUUCGACUAUCGAGCAAGAGUUUGGCGAUCAGCUGACAAUACUUGAAGCCUUUGCCAAGGUCGAUCCGAAGAGCGUGCACGGCAUGCGAUUGCCUUUCCUGCAAAUUUCGGGCAACAAUACCUUCCAAGCAGCAAAGAAUCUGGGCUUGACCUACGACAGCUCCUGGCCCACGCAGCAGCACACGAACCCUCCCAUGUGGCCCUAUACUUUGGAUUAUUUGUCGUCUCAGGACUGUCAAAUCGGACCCUGUCCCACCGCAUCCUUUCCCGGAAUGUGGGUCGAUCCCAUGGUUACAUGGACCGAUACUGAAGGCUACAAGUGUUCCAUGUUCGAUGCUUGUGUCUAUCCACCCGAGGACAAUGUUGAUGUGUUAUUUGAGUGGAUGCUGGAGAAUUUCAACCGCCAUUAUAAAGGAAAUCGUGCACCUUUCGGAAUAUAUCUGCAUGCCGCUUGGUUUGCCCGCGGCGCUAAUCACUUUGCAGCUCUCAAGAAAUUCCUUAACCACUUGACCACAAUGCCAGAUGUCUACCUGACGUCAAUCUCACGCAUGUUGGAGUACGUUAGAAAUCCGUCCUUGGGCAAGCCAUUUAAAUCAUGUGAGGAAAAGCCUAAGUCUACCUGCGAGCCAUUCAGCUGCAAUGUCCAGAAACUCUCCACGGGCGAGGAGCGCUACAUGAGCGUAUGCGACAAGUGUCCUGAAGUCUACCCUUGGCUGGGCAACCCAUUGGGCAAGCAUCAGUGA